AUGUCAGCCUCGGAUACUAUCAAAAAAUUUAACGCUGUUGCUCAAAAAAAUGAAGAAGUUUUGAAAAAGUUUGUUUUUUUUUAUUUUGUAAUUAAUUAAUUUACACACAUUUUUCUAGAAACCCAUACUCUGAAACUUAUAAAGUUCAAAAAUUUGGAGUAACUGAUUAUGGUCGUCCACCACCUGGAAGUAAAACUGAAGCACGAGGUGUAAAAGCUGGUGUUCAUGUUUGUCGUGAGAUUUUAUUUUUGUGUGAAACUAUCAAUGAAAAUGCAAAAGGAGAAGAACCAAAUAAAUGGAUCAAAUUUGGACCACUUUUUUAUAUUUAUUCAUUUUACUCUGAUAAGGUCAGUUUUUCAUUUUUGAGUUUCUUCUUUAUUAAAUUUCAGCCUAGGUCUUCGCUUUUCCAAGAGAUGGAAAACGAAAAUUUACAGAUUUUCAAGAUUUCUAGAUAUUUUAAGCUUUUUCCUCGUUAAAUUUUACCCCGGAAACAUUAUUUACAGUUUUUUCCCUCAAUAAACUCAACAUUUUCCCCUCAAGCGAAAAUAAGCUCCGCCCACUUUGCAUGCAUUCUAUACAACCACGCACAACCAGCCAGCUGUCUGCAGCACUGAUUAUUUUUAUCAGCGCAUUUUCAAUUUCCUCCAUCGCUUCUUCGGCUUAUUAGCUAAGAUCAAAGUGUAGUAUCUGUUCUUAUCGUAUUAACCUACGGUAUACAUUCGAAUGAAUGUAAUUAAGGUUAUAUGAUUUUUGGAACCUAGGAAAGACUCGGGGCUUGCUCCGACUUUCCAAGGGUCGUCUCAGCGUUGCACUGCUGCUGAGCUCGGCCCAGUCCCCCAAGGGGACAACAAAUACAGAAUUUGAAAAUAUAUUGGGAAAUAUUGCUCAUAUCAAAAAAUCUUAUGAAAGGCAAUCGGUUUUAUUUGAAGUUUCAAAACAUAAGCUCCGCCCCUUUUCUAUCACAAAUGCGUUUAUCAAAAUUUCAUUUCUGGAAAAUUAUUCAUAUAUUUUUACUAGCGUCAGUGAGUAAUGAACACACUUAUUUUCAGCUUGUUGGAAUGCUGAUCCGAGCUCGAAAAUACGGUCUCGUUCAUUUCGAAGGCGAAAUGUUAUAUCAAAGACAAGACGACGAAAAAGUUAUCACAAUGUUGAUGCCAAUGUCAGAAAUUCGUGAAAGUCUCAAAGCAUCGGGGGAUCCAGCAAAUUGUGUUUCAAUCCGUCGAAGUUCGGCUCCAACAUUUGUUCCACCACCAGUUUCAGAACCAGAAAAACCAAAAUUGAAAAAACGAUCAGAUUCGAUUGCAGUCUCAAAACAGUGAGAUUUUUGGGAUUGGGUGAACUUUUGGAAAAAAAAUGAAUUUCAGAAUCUUCGAGGCUCCAAUUCCUCCAAUUCCAGAAGAAACUGAAGCGACAUCGCAAAAGACCAAAAAGCCCUGGACUCCAAAAGACACAUCAAAAGCACCUGUGUUUUGCAUCUAA